CCCCGACCAGUAAGAAAUCAGUGACUGUCCCUUCUGUUGGACAAAUAAAGUUUUUCAAAGCACGUGAUCAACACUGUCAUGGCUGCGCCCUCGUGUCAUGCGUGGCUGUUAUCAUUUGUAGCGAUAUUUUGACGUUUCGAAAAAGCAGUCAGUCAAGGAAAAUGAAGACAAAGAACAUGAAGCCGAAGAGCAAGCGUAUGCCUCCCGGGCUGAAAAAACAAGCCAAACGCAGCAUCCAUGUGAAAGGAAAAUGGAAAGCUAUAGAGCUCGAUCCCAGUCUCUUCUCUGAGGAGGGCAUGGAGGGCCUGGUGUGUUUUGAAGAGCUUACAAAUUACCGCCUGGUAGACUCUGAGAAGGCUGCGGCCAAAGCAGCAAAAGAACUGAAAAAGGAGAAGAAGAAGAAAGCGAAGAAAAGAAAAGCCAGCGAGGGAGAGGAAGCUGGAGAGAAGGUAGAAGUGGAGAGUAAAGAGGGAGAGAAAACAGCAGAACCAGUUAAGAAGAAAGCCAAGAAAAAGAAGAAAAAUAAGAAAGCGGAUGCUAAGGAAUCAGUCCAGCCAGAUGACUUUUCUGCAGAGGGGACACCGGCGGAUGGAGCUGCAAGUGAAGAGGGAGGAGGAGAUGAAACAGCUAAGAAAGACACAGUGAAAGACACAGCCAUUAGCUCAGCUCCUGAUGCCCAAUCAAAACCUGCAAAGAAGAGAAACAAAAAGAAGAAGAAACAGAAGAAUCAGAUAGAAAAAGAUGCAGUUCCAGAAGAACAGACAAACCAGGAGUCUUCAUCAGACCUUCAGACUCUGGAAAAAGAAAAAUCUACUCAAAAUAAAUUGAUAAACCCCCCCAAAAAACAGCAAAAGAACUGGACAAAUGCAGCACUUUCUGGCUCUUAUGACAAAAAUGCUGAUGUGAGUGCCUGGAGGGACCUGUUUGUUCCCUCUCCUGUGCUUAAAGCCCUGAGUAGUCUUGGAUUUGGUUCACCAACCCCUAUUCAAGCCCUGGCUUUGCCUCCAGCCAUCAGGGAUCGUAUGGAUAUACUGGGGGCAGCUGAGACAGGUAGUGGGAAGACAUUGGCUUUUGGCAUUCCCAUGAUUCACACAAUCCUGGAGUGGAAAAGUGGUUCAGCAAAGCCUGUUGAUGACAGCACCAAAACAAUCACACAGGUGGAGAGUUUGUAUUUACCAGCUGUGGUUGAGUCCACAAAGUUAGAAGAAUCCACAAUACACCAGGACGACAUGGACGACAAGGAGACUCAGGAUGGGGAAGGUGAAGGCAUCGCAGAGCAGGAUCUAGGUGACACAGACGAACAUGACGAUGACGAUGAUGAAGAAGAAGAAGAUGAUGAUGAUGAGAGGCUUGGAUGUGUUAAAGUAAUUGAAAAUGCAGAGUUUGACUUUGAUGCGGCCGCUGAAGCAGAGGAUAAAACUCCUGGUAGUUGGGGUCAGCCUCUGCUUGGACUGGUGCUCACUCCCACCAGAGAGCUGGCUGUUCAGGUCAAACACCAUAUUGAUGCUGUCGCAAGAUUCACAGACAUCAAAACAGCAAUAGUGGUGGGUGGAAUGGCACAGCAGAAACAAAGACGGAUGCUAAAGCGAAGACCUGAGAUCAUUAUUGCCACUCCAGGACGUCUGUGGGACUUGAUCAAGGAGAAACAUCCACAUCUGCUGAACCUAAGACAAGUCAGGUGCCUGGUCAUUGAUGAAGCAGACCGUAUGGUAGAGAGAGGCCACUUUGCAGAGCUGGAGAGUCUGCUAGAGAUGCUGAACACCGUGCACUUCAGUCCGGCGAGGCAAACAUUUGUGUUCUCGGCCACACUGACCAUGGCUCACAGCCUGCCCGCCCGCGUCCUGCAGAAGAAGAAGAAACUGGACCAGAGGAGCAAACUGGAAAUUCUCAUGGAGAAAGUGGGGAUCAAGUCCAAACCCAAAAUCCUUGACCUGACCAGGAAGGAGGCCACUGUGGAGACGCUGACUGAGACACGGAUCCACUGUCAGAAGGAGGAGAAGGACUUCUACCUGUAUUACUUCUUGCUGCAGUAUCCUGGCCGCACCAUGGUGUUUGCCAACAGUAUAGACUGUAUCAAGAGACUGAACUCCCUGCUGGUUAUCCUGGACUGUACUCCACUGCCUCUUCAUGCCAAUAUGCACCAGAAACAACGCCUCAAAAACCUAGAACGAUUCGCCGAGAGGGACAGUUGUAUUCUGCUCACUACUGAUGUUGCAGCAAGAGGACUGGAUAUCCCCAAUGUCCAGCAUGUUAUUCACUACCAGGUUCCAAGGACUUCAGAGACUUAUGUCCAUCGGAGUGGCAGAACAGCAAGAGCCACCAAAGAGGGACUCAGUCUGCUGCUAAUAGGCCCGGAUGACAUGAUGAACUUCAAAAAGAUUUACAAAACUCUUGGGAAGGACGAAGACCUUCCCAUGUUCCCUAUAGAGAGCAAAUGCAUGGAAGCAAUCAAAGAGCGGGUAAACCUGGCCAGACAGAUAGAGAAGAUUGAGUUCCACAACAGCAGGGAGAAGCACCACAACUCCUGGCUGAAACAAGCGGCAGAGGCCUUGGAGGUGGACCUGGAUGAUAAUCUUUUACUUGGUGGAGCAAAGGAUGAGGAAGAUGACAGAGAGCAGCAUAAGAGGGUGAAGGGGAUGAAAAAGCAUUUGAAGCGUUUGAUUUCCCAGCCUGUAUUCAAGAAUGCAAUUAAGACCAAGUACCCCACUCAAAUGGGAAAUCUCUCCCUGCAUCAUUUGCCUGUAGCAGGGAUGGAAAGUGCCCUGACCAGGGUUUCAAGACAGGAGAAGAAACAGAAGCUAAAGAAAGCUGCUCCACCAUUGCAGAAAAAGCAGAAGCAGAAGAGAGAACAGCAGCAGUGACAUGUUAAUGGGAAUGUGUGUUUAAGAAGGACUUAAGUAUUAUUUUUUUACACAUAUUCUAAGCAGUUCAUUCAAAUACUUCAAAUAAAAUCUGUUUUCAUAA